AUGUCCCAGCAAUACACACGGCCAGUGACGGUCCCUGCUACCCUCACUGAGGAACUCCCCCAGACUGCUUCUCCUUCAGCCCAUACGGAGCAGGAGCAAAUGAAGCAGCCAACAUCCCUGCCUGCUCCGUGCCAGAAGGUGGCCUCUGAGUCCCCGGGGGAGGGCCCUUCCAAGCAUAAGGAGGAGCACACGGCUCCCGUGAAGGGGCUGCCUGAGCAAGAGUGUGAGCAGCCGCAGCAAAGAGAGCCCCAGGGGCAGAAACUGCAUCUGGGCCUGCAGCAGCGGGAGCACCAAGCACCUCAGCAGCAGGAAGUGCACCUGGGACAGCAGCAGCAGGAGCAGCCCCAGGUGGAGGAGCUGCAUCUGGGAAAGCAACACCAGCAGGAGCCACGGGGGCUGCACCUGGGACAGCAGCAGAAGCAGCAGGGACCACAGGAGCAGGAACCGCAUCUGGGACAGCAGCAGCAGGAGGAGCCACAGGAGCAGGAACCGCAUCUGGGACAGCAGCAGCAGGAGGAGCCACAGGAGCAGGAACCGCAUCUGGGACAGCAGCAGAAGGAGGAGCCACAGGAGCGGGAACCGCAUCUGGGACAGCAGCAUCAGCAGGAGCCACAGGAGCAGGAGCUGCAUUUGGGAAAACAGCAGGAGGAGCCACAGGAGCAGGAGCUGCAUCUGGGACAGCAGCAGCAGGAGGAGCCACAGGAGCAGGAACCGCAUCUGGGAAAACAGCAACUGCAGCAGGGAUCACAGAAGCAGGUGCUGCAUGUGGGACAGCAGGAACCACAGGAGCCACAGGAACAGGAGCUGCAUUUGGGGAAACAGCAGGAGGAGCCACAGGAGCAGGAGCUGCAUGUGGGACAGCAGAAACAUCAGAAGCCACAGGAACAGGAGCUGCAUUUGGGGAAACAGCAGGAGGAGCCACAGGAGCAGGAGCUGAAUCUGGGAAAGAAGCAGAAGGAGGAGCCACAGGAGCAGGAGCUGAAUCUGGGACGGCGGCAGCAGCAGCAGCAGGGCCAGCCACAGCAUGAAGAACCCCAGGGAGCAAAAAUCCUGGAGCAAGAGGAAACACGAAGGGAGCAGCAGCCUAAGGAGCCUCUGCGGCAGGCUCAGGAACUGGAGCGCCUGGAGCCGCAGGAGGAGCAUGUGCAGCAGCCCGCGUUGGUCCCAGGCCCUGGCCAGGCCCAGGAGCUGCAGCCAGUGCAGGCACGGAAGGGAGGGAUUCCCGCGCCCUGCAGGGGAACAGCAGCAGAAGCAGGUGUCGACGUGAGCAAGCUUGAGUAG